AUGUCGGCAUACUACGAGUCCUCGCCCCAGUGGCCUUCCUCGGGCCAGUCUGGCUGGGAUCACCAGACUCCGCCGCCUGCCCGCUCGGGUGCCAACUCGGCCAUCCCCCGCGAGGAGUCCGGCGCCUUCACUCACCAACUUGAGGAGGUCGAUCGUGCCAUCGACAACCUUCUCAAGAGCGGAAAGAUGUUUGGAAAUGCUGGAGGUCGUCAAGGACGUCCGCCCGCCGGCCCCGGUUCCCGUCCCCAGUCCGUGACCGACUUCGGCGAUGCGCGCGGCUCGCACACGGGCUCCAACCUACAGAACUUCUACGCCUCCCAGCGCCACCAAUCCUCGCGCGGCUCGAACGAGGCGGAACAGAUGAUGCAGGCCAAGAGGAGAAUGGCCGCUCAGCGGGAGCGAGAGCUGCGGAACUACCACCAAGAGCAGCAAUACAACCGAACUGUUCUCUCCGACAUGCCGUACACCGGCAACAAGCUGGACCGCACCCUAAGCCCCGGCAGCCUGCCCGACGAAGAUCGCCGCAAGCUCCUCUCCCAUCAGCGUAGUGGUCUAUAUGGAGAAGGACAGUACUCCGAGGGCGCCGGCUAUGCCGAUGAAACCGGUGCUCCCCGGACUGGCUUGCCUGGUCCUCAAGGCGGCGCAGCUGGUCUUCGUGGUCAUUCCCCGCUGGCCUAUGAGUAUGGACGUGUGCCCCCUGCUCAUAUCGAUGCUGGCGCUCAGCUCUCGGCGGAAAGCGGACAGGGACCGCAAUCCGUCGGGCACAACGAGCAGGCCCGCGCCAACAGCAACUCCAGCCCCCAGUCUAAUCCGGGAACCAAGGGCAUGUACGAUGCACCGGGAGCUCAGCAGUCGAGCCGUACCAGCGUUUCGUCGCCGGGAGGAUCUCCGCCGCGGCAGGGCGCUCCGGGCAGCAAGCCUUCGCAGGGCUCGGUUGCUCCCAUCGGCACGCGCCCCUCGGUUUCCGGCGCCCCGAUCAACCCUGCUCUGACCAAGCGGUCCACUACGCCGCUGCCGUCGCCCCUGAGCCAGGGCUACAACGCAUCCGGCAAUGACGAAGGCGGCGUUUCCAGCAACGCCGGCCCCACCAAGCCGCCGACUGGGGCCUCGGAGGGCUCGAACGCUAGCCUGUCCGGUUGGGGCGCCCGUCCCAAUGGAUGGGGCAGCAAGCCUGGUCUUGGCGGUGUCCAGGCCAGCGUAUGGGGCUAG